GGCAACUGGUGGGUGUCGUCCUCCUCUUUGCGCAGCAGGUUCUCGCCUCCCCCUCCCCGCAGCUUCUCUCUCUCUCUCCCCCCCCCCCCCCCCCCCCCCCCCCCCCCCCCCCCCCCUCCCCGCCCCAUCGUCGGCUAAAGGCGAUCGUCCCACCCAGAAUUUCCCCCCUCCCCCGCACCCCCCGCAAACAUCCUAGCAGCCCUAUCAUCGCGCCGGUCCCGGCGGCCUGCCGGCCUCCUCGCACCCUCCCAGGAAGCUAAACCAAAAAGCUAGCUGUUUGUUUCAGCUUCUGGCUUUUUACACCGAGAAGCUGGUGAGAAGCUCAAACAAACAGGGAAGAAUCUCCUCUGAGGAAGCCGUGAGUGGAGCUGUAUCAAACUGGCCUUUAGGUGCUGUGGUUGGUCACUGCACCCAGGAGGCUGGGAAGGAGGAAAGGGAUAAUUGAUUCAAUCUCUGUUUGGCUUCUAAAAGUACUAUUCCUAGGUUGGCAAUGACAUCUGAUGGGAAAUAACAAACCUCCAAACUUAGCCGUGAAGCCAAACAACAUGCUACCAAGCCAAAAAAAAAUUCUAAGCAAACUGAGAUAUUCAAGCAUCACACCUGUACUUGGCCUUAUGGCUCUGACGUACAGGCUUGCACCGGGGAACCUGGCCUGCCUCAUUGUGGAGACUCCACAGUUCACAUGACAGUUGAGAGUAAUGGAUUAAUGCAUUAAGCAAGGUAAUGAAAUGUACCAAAAGUGACUUAUGGAAAAGAAACAGAGCUUGUUCACUGCUCUGAAUGAGGAACUUUAAUCUGAUGCAGUCUCAAAAGAGCAGAGUUUUGGGAGCAAUGUCAUCCUCUUUGCCUAUUCUGCCAAAUCCUUUGAAAGGGAGCUUCUCAAGGCCUCAUAACCCCCAGCAUAUUCCUAUGUUGAGGCAGCUGCCUGAUGACUCUAUGCCCUUGUGUAUUGACACACAUCAGUCUGCUAGUUUGCACCCAAGAGCUGGUGUUAUCGGGGUACCAUAUUCAGGCUACACUGCUAGUCCACUUGAUUCUGUGUCUAACCUUGAUAGCCAGACAAUGGCUGCACCCUUUAUUUCUCAGUCAUCCAAUUUUGAAGCUCUCCAGUCUCUAUCUAAUAAUACCCCAGAAACACACACUAAGGCAGCCUGGUUCACAUCUUCUAUGGAUGUUUCACCACUCAACACAGAUAAUAUUGCUGCUUCUGAUGUUAAUCAAAUCCAGAGUAUACGUCCUGCUAUGACAUCUGAUGAGAGUGCUACACAAAACGAUUGGUGGGCAGAUAUAAUGAAUGAUGAUUGGAAAGAUAUUCUUGACGCAACAGCUACUGAUUCCCACUCAAAAGCCAUGAUUCAAAUUUCCAACUCAGCUACAUCACUACCUGCAGUAAAUCAGUCAGCUUCAUCUCAUAGUAGGGAGAUUUGUCCUGUUGCUAGUCCUCCCAAUAGCAGCAAUGCUUCAGUUGCCAAACAACGGAUGAGAUGGACCCCAGAACUCCAUGAAUGUUUUGUAGAUGCUGUAAAUCAGCUUGGCGGUAGCGAAAAAGCUACUCCUAAGGGUGUGCUAAAGCUUAUGAAAGUUGAUGGUUUGACUAUAUAUCAUGUCAAAAGCCACCUGCAGAAGUACCGCACAGCCCGCUAUAAACCAGACCUGUCAGAAGGUACAUCGGAAAAAAGGACAGCCACUGAAGAGCUGGUCCUGGACCUGAAAACGAGCAUGGAUCUUACUGAAGCACUGCGCCUUCAGAUGGAAGUCCAGAAACGGCUUCAUGAACAGCUUGAGAUUCAGCGAAAAUUGCAGUUGCGGAUUGAAGAGCAAGGAAAGUAUCUGCAGAUGAUGUUUGAAAAGCAGAGUCAAUCGAGCACGGAGAAAGUCCAGGAUCCAUCCUCAAGGGAUACAACAGCUAAACCGUCAUCUAAUCAGAGCCAGUCUACAAACAAGGAUUGUGGUGCAACCAUGGACCCAAAUGGAACAGGAGGCAUCGUACGGACUGCAGAACUGGGAGAACGUUCGUCUGAAUUAGGUGUAAAACAGAAACUCGUAGAGAUCGAAGAAUCUGGUACCGAAGUAGCCACAGGCGACAGAUCUAAGAUCUCCCAAGAGAAGCGGCGCAAACUGCAAGAUAGUUAACAUAUCGGUUGCACUAUUCAGACAUAGCUGUUCAAACCGUUUGCUUGGUGAAAAAUUGGUAAUCUGUGUGUCGAAUUCGACUAUUGAUCCGUGAGUCCAUUGGUGAGUUGUACCGCUCUUCAGUUAGCCAUAUAUAUUUAUAAAGGAUCCAAAGGAGGACCAAAGGAGAACUUCCUGGCAGCCGUCUUUAUAACAUUAGCAAUAAGAGCUAUCCCCGAAGUUAUGGGGUAAAAUAAGGUCUUGAAAUUUAGCUUUGUUUCUGAAUUCCUCCUUUUCUUUUGUUUGGGUUGAAGUGGUCACCGAGUCGAUGUAGAUGACCACAUGAAUGAAUUUAUCGGAAGCAAGCUAGUGCUGUUCCCUAUUGGCAUAGAAACCAAAUAUUGAAACACGAACACUGUUUGAUGGUGCAAACUUUUAGAAUGUAAUUCUGCA